GUCUUGCACAACGUGGGGUCCAGGUGCUCGCGAGCCGUGACCCGAGGCGCCCGGGCGGAUCAGCCGGCGGAGGGCGGCGGCCCCGGAACCGCGCCAUGUCGGGCCAAGCCUGCGCUCUGACCAUUUGUCUAGGCUCGGCCCCUCCAUCGCUAUACAGGAGAGGGGGGCGGCAUCGAGUGUCGCUGUCCUACAGAUGGGGAAACUGUGGCCCCUAGAAGGCAAGUUCAGAAUGUCCACACGGGCCUCGACCUGAGCGUGCCCCAGCACCAGGAAGUGCGGGGCACGAUGACGUCAGGCCACGUGGAGUACCAGAUCCUGGUGGUCACCCGGCUGGCUGCAUUCAAAUCUGCCAAGCACAGACCUGAGGAUGUCGUCCAGUUCUUGGUCUCCAAAAAGUACAGCGAGAUUGAGGAGUUUUACCAGAAACUGAGCCGUCAUUACCCACUGGCCAGCCUUCCCCCGCUCCCCAGGAAGGUCCUGUUCGUUGGCGAGUCUGACAUCCGGGAAAGGACAGCUGUGUUCAAUGAGAUUCUGCGCUGUGUCUCCAAGGACGCUGAAUUGGUCAGCAGCCCAGAGCUGCUAGAAUUCUUAGGCACCAGAUCCCCGGGGACUGCAGAUCUCAGCAUCAGAGGCGUCUCAGUCCUGGACGCCGACAGUCAGGCCGGGGACGACGGGCAGGCGCUCGACUUCUUCCCGCAGCGGGAACGAGCAGAAGGGCCGCUCAUCCCCGGCCAGAGAAGCGAGGAUGCAGGGCCGUCCUCGGAGGAGGAGGAGGAGGCACUGGACCCUCUGGGCAUCCUGCGCUGCAAGAAGCCCAAGAAACGGCCUGACGUGGCCGUGAAGCCCAGACCCGCGCCGCGGCUCACCAUCUUUGACGAGGAAGUAGACCCUGACGAGGAGCUCUUUGGCCCAGGCAGGAAGCCCCAGGACCCCACAGAGGACAUGCUCCACAGGGACCCCCUGAAGUUGUUUGACGAUCCUGACCUCGGUGGGGCCGUCCCCCUGGAUGACCCCUUAUUGCUGCCAGCCGCCUGUGAGAGUGGAGGGCCCACAUCCCGCCCAGGCCACAGGGAGGCCUCUGAAGAGCUGUUCAGAGUCGACGACGCCUUGGAUCAGAUUCUGAACCUGAGGACUGAGACCAAACCCCAGCCCCAGCCCCAGCCUAAGCCCAAACCGCCAGUGGCAGCUAAGCCAGUGCUACCCAGAAAGCCAGCUGUUAUCCCCAGAGUGGGCCCCUCGGAGCCUGUGGCUGGGCAGCAGAAGCCGCAGCCGCAAAUCCAAGCCAUGGAUGAGAUGGACAUCUUGCAGUACAUCCAGGACCACGACACGCCUGGCCAGGCUGCUCCCAGCCUCUUCUGACCCUCCCUCCCCUGUGCCAGCCCUGGGCCAGCAGCCCCUCUCCUGUGGUGGGGCAUGUAGCGAGUGGGGUCUGUGCCCUGCAGGCCAGGACCUCUUCCCCCAGGGACGGAGGGUGGAAGCCCAGGUCACAGCACCCCUGUGCUACCGUGUUCUUUUCUGUCCGGCCUGGGGGUCAUGGAACCCUGCAGGGCGCAGAGGUCACCAUAGGCAUUGGAUCCUACUUGUCCCAGCCACGUGCAAGUGGAGGGGAGAGCAUGUGAGGUACCUUGCUAACCAGGAGCCCAGCCCCCAGGAUACAGUGAGAUGGGAUGCCCAGGGAGGCUCCUUGGGGCAGGGAAACUGUGCCCACCUGCUCUGCCAGACCCAGCACAGGAGGGAGGGGCUGCCAUCCUGAGGUGGGUUUGGUAGAACCAGUCUCUGGGCAGCAUGGCUCCUGGGGCCUGUAGGCUCGGGGAGGGUCCUCCAGGACAGGGAUAAUGAAUGAGUACCUGGGAGAGCCUGGCUGGGUGGGAUGUCCCUGAGCUGCCUUUGGUUACCAGGUGCUAAGCAGGGUGCUUUCCCAUCUGUUCAACUUAGAGACCUCAGGCCCAGCCUACAUCUCUGUAGCAUGCAUGGCCUGACAACCCAGGUCUUCCCUCCUCUCUUCCUUUCCCAGGGAAGGCCUGGACAGACCGUGGCCCCCUUGGGCCUCUGGCCACAGGGCCCGUAUCUGCCAUUGCAGAUCCGAGCAGAAUGGCCACAGCAUCCCCCAGUGCUCUGCCCGGGCCUACGGCCUGGCGGGUUCCUUGUAUUCAAAUGGACCCAGACAGAAUGCUCUCCGGCUGCUGCUUCGAAGGCCUAGUCUGUCCAGUGGUGCGUGCUGCCAGGCCUUCCCUGUCCUCCGGGUCUGGACUUGCUCGCCAGCCUUCCACUGUGGGAGCGGCCUUCCCAGGGAGAAGGAACCCUGAGCAGGGCAAGGCCAGUGCCUUACACUUCUGGACCCCGCACGACUGGCACACAGUCUGGGCCUGGCACAGUACUCAGGAAAUUCUCCGUGAAUGAAUGAUUUUAAUGGAGCAAAGAAUGUCUCUUUUUUAAUAUAUUCUUCAUGUGCAGACCUAGUUUUUAAUGAAACACAAUCACUCUUGUUCCUUGGUUUGUCCUGCCUGACAGAGGCAUUGGAAAGGGAAUUGGGACUCGGACCCCAGACCCUUUUCCGAUUGGGGCCAACAGCCAACCCUGGGGGAGGCCUCCCUAACCCGGGCUAGGUGUUUGCUGCCAGGACCUGGGCUGGUCAGGACCUGUGCCAAGACCUGAAGGGGGGAGCACUCCCUCUAAUCUGUCCUGCAUCCCACUCACCCUCGUCAGCUGCCCAGUCCUGAAAAGGCUGCCCGCCUCCCUCCACCUGUGCCAGGGUGAGAGGAAAGAGGCAGUCCUGGGGUCUGAGAGCUGAAUUCCUCCUCUCUGCCUUUCCCAAGCUUUGAGGGCCCCGUCGCCCUGGGCACUGAGCUGGCUCUGGGACGGCCUCAGCCCCAGGGACCAGCACCUGCCACUUCAUUCACUGUCAGGCCGUCACGCCCCACCCAGCCCGGCCCCCCUCCUUUGCUGACUGCAGGAAGGAGCAAGUGGUGAGAUGCUGGGCCAGCUCCGCCUGGGCUCUUCCCACCCUGUUGUGUCCUCCGCGCCCCAUGCCAGCUCCCUGCCCCUCCCUAGAUGCCUGCCUCCCCCCACCACCUGUCACCAACGUGUGACGUGGGGGCAGAGGGUGCAGCCAGCAGGGGCCUGGUGCCCGUGGGGGGCUGGUCUUCUGGCGGGGGUCACAGACGGGACCUGCCCCUCGGGUGUGGGUUUGUCCACUGUGGCCCGGCCUCCUUGGGCGCCCAGUGCUCUUGACACCCCGGCCAGGAUGUGCACUUCCCAGGUGCUGCUGCUUGAACUAUGGCUGUUUGUCACUGCAGGCUUGUGACCUCCUCACGAGUUGGUGACUCUUUGUCAUGCAGUAAAGCCUAUGUCAGUCACUCA